CAUCAGUCUAACCAUAUUGACGAGCCUUAAUACGGGAAACCCAGAAAAUACAUGUUAAUAUAUAUCGCUAUUUCAAAGUUGUGACAAUUAAAAUAGGAGGCUAAUCGAAAAUAUGAGUCGACAAGAUCACUUUUCCUUAGUAAACAAUCUCGGAAAACUUUCCUUGAACCACAACAGGAAACCACCAAAACCGGUCGAGGUUUCAAUAAACACAGAAAUGUUGCUCGACAUUUUGAAAGCCCUGGAAAUACCGUCCCAAUUUUUCAAGCCCAUCGAAGGGGACAAGAUUUACGAGCUGGUCGCUUUGGAUAAAAAAUCAACACAAUUCAAAAAAGUGAAGGUGAAAUUCACGUCCGGUUUAAUGAACCGUACGACCAAGUCAUCGGUUAGAAUGAUUCAGAUGGUUCUAAAUCCUUACAUCGCAGCCCAGUACAAAUUGAAGCAGUAUAAGAAAGCAGAUACUUUUAAUUUGUGUCAGGAAAUGCUUUUAUAUCAUGGAACGUGGCAUCACAAUCUGGACUCCAUUUGCGAAGAGAAUUACAAUUGGAGAUGUACCAAUGCGCACAUGUACGGCCAGAGAGUAUCAUUUGCUAAAUAUCCUACGUACGCCAGUUAUUAUCCCAGGGAAUUAGUGGGGAAAUCACGAGUUAUGAUCUUGUCUAAGGUCUUAUAUACUUGGAUUUGUAAUGGCGACCCUUCGAUGCAAAUUCCCAAGGGAAGUAGUGACACCUCCGGAAAACCAAAUAGAGACGUCAUUGUGAAAUACGAAGAUGCGGAUUAUUAUCCGCUGUAUAUAAUUCAUUAUCAUUUGUUAGGAAUAUAGAAAUAGACUUGUUAAACUAAACCAAACUACUUGUUCUAGAUGAAGGUUGGUUUUUUAUUUACCCAAAUGUUUGUUAUUUUGCGAAAAGAUAAUAUUAAUCAUAUAUGAAAUUUAUUAUUGUUAAUAACUAUAUCAAAAUAAAGGGUGAGCUUGGUUCGUCAUAAUUAUUUGCAGUUUGCUACAAUUAUAGUGAAACCAAAUAAAGUUUUGUUGAGAACGUGGAAGGUGGAUUGUUUCAGCAAAACUUUAAGUUGUUUUAAGUUCGAACUGAUGGCUGUGAUCUUUAACUAGUCCGUGAUGUUUACUAUUACGAGUCAAUUUCAUUCUAUAUUUUAACAUGCAGCUACGCAAGCAGCCUUAUACAAUGUUUUAUAUUUAUAUAAUAGUUUUUAAACGUAAUUAUUUUAGUUCUAUUAGUCUUUCUGAAUAAAACUUUUUUGUACAAUG